AUGUUCUCAUCGUCUGUCCAGCCUAGCCUCGUCUCUUUGUUUUCAUCCACCGGGAGUGACCCUCUCGGUCUUUUCCAGACCCACACGGACAGCACCCUCCCUGCCGACUCAGUCAUUUGCCUGCUGAACGAUACGACCUCCCAGCCGGUCCCUCCGCCGCCUCAGACUCUAAUCACGGCGACAGGCUUAGAGGACGAUACAGCCCAAUCACCAAACUACACCCUUGACCAAACCGUCUUGCACUUACAAUCCCCAACGCUGCGUACGACAUACAUACGAUGUCCACCGGCAGCCCCGGCCGCGCCGGGGAAAGCGGGCAGCAGGGCGUAUCUGGGCCUGAAGCAUGCUUGGAUGCACUUGCAGGUUCGGAACAUGGGUAGAGAGUGGGCUUUCGAGGUCGGGGUGGUGGAUCGAUCUGGUCGAGAAGGAGUCGUGCGGUGCUCCACGUUCCAGAAACAACCGAAGCUAAAGCUAGGGGUUCUGCCCCUCCUCCUACUCCCGCUUUCGUUUCCACCGUCCUCUUCACGUCCCCUGACAUCAUGGUCCACGACUUCACUGAACUUGCCAUCUCUCCUCCCCCAUUUCUCGUCUGGUGCCCUCGCUCGCGCGGAUGAGGAUGACGAGGAGCCAUCUCCGUUCUCUCCUGCUAACAACCACAACGGAGGGAGGACACAGGUGCCCAGCGGAACUCUGUCACAUGUCUCGUACGUGAAGGUAUACGCGACCUGUCGUCUGCGCAGGAUCUGGUUCAACGAAGGCGGCCCGCAGCAGCGCCUCCCGUGGGAGUUUCAGCUAUACGCCGCGGACAAUGCGUAG